AUGGCGUCCAGCGUCCUGCGAGGAAAGGCGUUGUUCGCGUUCCUCCUGGAGUCCAAGUCAUUCUCCGCAUACGUCGCCGACCCGGGCAAACAACGGGGCGACACCGAGGCGCUGCCAUCCAGCCCCCCGCAUGGCAGCACUCACGAAGGACGGAAUCCUGAAGGGGGAAGGAGUCAAGGCCGAAGCCUUGUCGCCCUGGACUUCCGCCCCUGGCGGCUGGCCAAGCUCGGCCUCGGCAACGAUCUCCGCGCCAUGCUCCAAGCCGAGAAGAAGGCCGCCCACAAGCGCCACGGCCCGGGCCACGCCGGCCUCCACCACCACGGCCACCUUGAGCGCAUGGCCCACUGUGACCCCCGAGGCCCCACCGGCGGCUUUGCCCGUGGUCCCACCGGCCUCAAUAUGCGCCGCCACCGCUCACAAGAAAACUCGUGUUCUUCAGGCACAAGGAAGGCGAUGCCACUUUCAGACGCAUCCAUCGGCAACCUCGAGAGGUUGUCGAAGUUUGUUGAUGCCGGCUACAUCAAGGAGCACAUCAUGGCCAACAAGCCCAUCGAUGACAAGUUCGAGUCGCAUAUGGAGCGCAUGGCCAACUUGCUGUCCAGCGGCAUGUUUACGGCGAAAGACUACCGAGAGCAGCUAGAUGCAAAAGUUGCAGACCUUUUGCGAGACGGAGCACCACGGUCGGCAGCGGCGGACGGAGAAGCAGGGGUUGGUGGGUCGCAGGUGGGGGAGACUCCUAGGGCCGCACAGAAAAAGGGCAAGCGCACGGCCAAGGAAGCGAGGGCCGCGGCGAACACGAUGCACGGGAACAUCGUCAACUGCUGGGCCGCAGCAACAAACAAGCCGGUGAGUUGGUUGGAGAUUCCGUUUGCAUGCUUUGGCUAUGUUCGUGAAUGA